CCUCCCAACCUCCACCCCCUUCCGGGCUCUCUCCAGAGGUCUGCUCAGCCUCAGCGGAGGACUGAGGUAACGCCAAGGACUUUUGCGUCCAGUAACAAUGUAAAACAAAUCUCACAAUCUCUAUUCCAAAUCCCAGCUGGACUACAGUGGAUGUUUUUUGUUAAUUUUUAAUCAUACAAUUCAUCAUGGUUUUCAGUAAGCGCCUUCCCAUGGAGCGAAGAAUACGCACUGUCGUUUUGGUACUACUGCUUUGGGCACAGGCCGGUUUUGGAUUCUCAGUCGCGGGACAGCAUGAAAGCACCUGCGAGGCCAACGGGAGCAUAUACUUCGUAGGGGAAUGGUUCUUUCUGGAAUCUGAUCACUGCACCCAAUGUGAAUGCACAAGUGAGGGCUCUGCAUGUUCCCGUACUGAGUGCACCUCUCUCCCGGCUGCGUGCAUCCAUGUCAGCCACUACCCAACCGAUUGCUGCCCCAGGUGCGAGAAGAUUGGGUGUGAGUACCGCGGAGUGGUGUACGAACUGGGGCAGAACUUCCAGCCAUCAGAAUGUGAGCAGUGCACCUGUGACAGUGAUGGUAUCGCCCGCUGUUUAGUUGCAGAUUGUGCCCCUCCACCAUGUGUCAACCCCGAUUACCAGCCUGGGAAAUGUUGCCCUGAAUGCAAAGACGGUCCUAACUGCUAUGUGGAUGCAUCACGCCGCCAGGUGAUUCCUGCAGGAGAGCCCAUCUGGGUCGACUCCUGCACCAAGUGCCGCUGUCACGUUGGCCAGGAUGCCGGCUACUGGGAGGGAAACCGUCUCGCCAGCUGUUCCCGCGUCAAAAACUGUACGCCUGAACAACCAUCCGUCAACAAAAACUGAUUAACUCGGCCAGCAGAAUAUACAAUCCCCAACGCUGAUCACCUUCAAUCUCUAAGAACAUGCUCCUUUGCAGCUGUAAAGGGAUAAUCAGCAACUUCAAAAAAUAACUGAGCUUACUGGAACAUCUGUAUUCACAAACAAAACCCAUAAUUAAACAAAUCUGGUUUUCAAAAAGUAAACCAAAUAAGAAAGAAAUUGACUCUUGAAAUAUGACUCAGAUACUUACAGUUUUUUUAUUUUGUCUGCCUGACCAUGGUUUCUUCAAAAAGUCUAUGAGUAGAUGGGUGAAUAUGCUUUUAUCAAGUUAUUUUUUUAAUUCUGACAUACUCCGUCCGAUACAAAGCCAAUGAGAUUAUUUGAUGAUAGAAAAUGUUAAUUGACAUGUCACGGUUGAUGCUCCAGCCGAAUGUAUGCAGCUGUGAUGCAAUUUAGACUAAGAAAUGGCUCAGCAAAGCAAUUCACAAUUUAUAACUGUUGUAUCAGUUCUGCAGAUCAAUUUUCAGGCUGACUGAAAUAUAACGCAUGCGACUAUGGUCUAACAUGUGACUGUACUGUAGUUUAGAGGCACAAGCAAUGUUUUUUUUGCAAGUACUGUAGAAAAAACAUCUUUAAAUAUCUGCUUUAUUAAUUAUCGACUAGAACAAAUAUGUGGCCUCUUAUAGAAACAACAUUUUGAUAUUUCCACUCGUCAAAAUGUACAGUUGUCAUUUACCUUUAUAGGAAAAAUAUCUGAAUUGUUUUAUAUGCAGCAGAUAUUCCCACUGUUUUUCAGUAUCUAGCCACUUUAAUCAUGAGGGACUUUUGAAUGAAAACCAAAAAUAAACCUGUCUUGUUAUAUGUUUAUGUGCAACAUUGGAGCUUUGAAUAACAUAUUUUAGAGUAGAAGACUCCCCAUGAACACCUUUUAAAUCUUCAUGAGACUUUGUGAAUGAAUACAUCCUUUCUACAUUUAUAUUUCCCUGAGGAGAUUGGUAUUCAAAUCCAAAUGAGUGAAUAUCACCAAAUAAUCAGAAAGACUCAAGGUUAACGGAAAAGAUUGACUUUUGUGAAAUAUUUCUCGCUUUGUGUUUCUGAGUGAGACGAGAAGAUUGAAACCACUCAACCCCACAUUUAACUCUUUUUUUGAGUUUUAAUUUACUGCCUGUAAUAAAAGGGAACAAAUAAGGAAUCACACCCACACAUCAUGUAGUGUUGUAUGCCGAUAAUAUUCACUGGCAUCUUGUAAAGUAUUCCAAAUCAAAACACCUUUCCACGUCCAUUAAACAUCUCUUACUCUGUGA